CAUUACAUACAUACAACAAGAGAAGACGACGCACCACUAAAAGACUCCAACAACUACUACAUACUACAUACCGUCACAACCAAAGUACUCAUCCAAGUACAUAGCCAAGAUGCGAUUAGUCGGUAUUGUCGCAAUGGCGGCGAUCCUGCCGGGCUCUUUUGCGACUCAAAAGAGCAUUUCCAUUCAAUCAAGCAGUAUGAAGAUUGAGGAUGCGCCAGGAACAAUGGUUUCCAAUGCUGUUCUGGUCAACUGUACCGAAGACCUGACACGGGCUCCCUCAAAACCAGUGGCAACCACUCUUGCCGAAAAACCAGCCUGGGAAGCUUCCGUUAUGGGUCUGGUCGUCUUUUCCGCCGCUGGCCUGUUUUUACUGUGAAGCAUAAGUGAUUUGAUUUGGGAUUGGGAGGCCAGGAGCAUUGCAUUGGCGUUUACGGGCAUACGAUCAUGAGAGCAUUAAGGAAUAAUGUUGGGAUAGCUUCCCAGUGGAAUAGGGGCGUUCUUGUCAACUUCGUUGCAUUUUGGGGAUACCCUAGUCUGCUUCUUUUCAAUACCACCAUCUCGCCCUGUCGCGGACCUGUCUACCUGAAAUGGGCCAUGGAUUUAAAUGCGCAUUUUGCGUACCAGAAAACAUUGCUUUGUUUUCUUCUAGUAUCCUAAAUGCCCCGCAUGGUGGUUCUUAAAUGUAGUUAUACCUAUUAGGUACCUAGUUGUGCAUGUUGUAGGUGGUACCGUAAUCUUUGAUGGCAUGGGGCCACUGCUGAGAUUCAC